ACAUUCACUAGAUGACUGGCAAAAAAAUGUUGCGUUUUAAUCUAAUUGUCGCGGUGUCCGAGAACUUCGGCAUUGGCUUAAAGGGAGAUCUGCCAUGGCGCCUAAAAUCCGAGCUGAAGUAUUUUAGUCGCACCACCAAGCGAACCAGCGAUCCCAACAAACGCAAUGUGGUAAUAAUGGGCAGAAAGACAUAUUUUGGAGUGCCCGCCAGCAAGCGUCCGCUGCCAGAGCGUUUGAACAUUGUUUUGAGCACCACGUUGCAGCCCGCAGAGCUUCCCAGUGAUGUGGUCUUGUGCCCCAGCCUAGAGGAAGCCAUGAAGCAUCUGGAAGAGGAGACCUUGCGCGACCAAAUCGAGAACGUCUGGAUUGUGGGCGGUAGUGGAGUUUACGAGGAAGCCAUGGCCUCGUCCCGUUGCAACCGGCUGUACAUAACCAAAAUCCAGCAGAAUUUCGAGUGUGAUACCUUCUUUCCCAGUAUUCCAGACUGCUUUCGUGAGGUGCCGCCCGAUGCGGACACACCCGUAGGCGUGCAGGAGGAGAAUGGCAUUAAGUAUGAGUACAAGGUUUUGGAAAAACGAGAAUAAUAAACCGAUUUGUGCAUUUA